AUGUUUCCCUUCUUUCCCCACAGUGUGUCCAGCGUUCAGAUUCUGAAAGUCAGGGCCGCCCAGUCUUCCUACCUGGCUCUCAGGCAGGGCCGUGUUGUGGAAACCUGGCAUGAGUCUGUGGAUCUGUCCUCCUGUGGCUACGGAGCUCACAAUGGACGGGAGAAACUGUAUUGCUUCCUCUGGGUCCUUUGCAGUCUCUCUCCCUCUCCAAACACGGCGGCCUCAGCAAAAAAGAAGAAUAAGAAGGGAAAGACUAUCUCCCUAACAGACUUUCUGGCUGAGGAUGGAGGGACUGGUGGAGGAACCACCUAUGUUCCCAAACCAGUCAGCUGGGCUGAUGAAACAGAUGCCCUGGAGGGAGACGUUUCAACCACUUGGCACAGUAAUGAUGAUGAUGUGUUUAGGGCACCUCCGAUUGACCGUUCCAUCCUUCCCACUGCUCCACGGGCUGCUUGGGAACCCAAUAUCGACCGGAGCCGUCUUCCCAAAUCUCCACCCUACACUGCUUUUCUAGGGAACCUGCCCUAUGAUGUAACGGAAGACUCUAUUAAGGAAUUCUUUAGAGUAUUAAAUAUCAGUGCAGUGCGUUUGCCAUGUGAACCUAGCAAUCCGGAGAGGUUGAAAGGUUUUGGUUAUGCUGAGUUUGAGGACCUGGAUUCCCUUCUCAGGGCCCUCAGUCUCAAGGAAGAGUCUCUAGGUAACCGAAGAAUUCGAGUGGAUGUUGCUGAUCAAGCACAGGAUAAAGACAGAGAUGAUCGUUCUUUUGGGCGAGAUAGAAAUCGAGAUUCUGACAAAACAGACACAGGCUGGAGGGCCGGUCCUGCUGCUGACAGCUUUGAUGACAACCCGCCUGGAAGAGGUGAUGACGGCUUUGGAGACAAGUAUCGAGAUCGCUGCGAUUCAGACCGGUAUCGAGGGUAUCGGGAUGGCCCACGCCGGGAUAUGGAUCGCUAUGGGGGUCGAGACCGCUAUGAUGACCGAGGCAGCAGAGACUGUGACAGAGGCUAUGAUUCCAGAGUAGGCAGUGGCAGAAGAGCCUUUGGUAGUGGGUACCGUAGAGAUGGCGACUGCAGAGGAGGAGGAGACCGCUAUGAAGACCGCUGUGACAGACGGGAUGAUCGGCCCUGGGGCUCCGGGGAUGAUUACAGGCGUGAUGACAGAGGGCCCCAAAGACCCAAACUGAAUCUGAAGCCUCGGAGUACUCCUCAGGAGGAUGAUUGCUCUGCUAGCACCUCCCAGUCCAGUCGAGCGGCUUCCAUCUUCGGAGGAGCAAAGCCUGCUGACACGGCUGCUAGAGAGAGAGAAGUAGAGGAGCAGCUACAGAAGGAGCAGGAGAAACUGCAGCGUCAGUUGGAUGAGCCAAAACUAGAACAACGGCCUCGGGAGAGACACCCGAGCUGGCGAAGUGAAGAAACUCAGGAACGGGAAAGGUCAAGGACAGGAAGUGAGUCAUCACGGACCGGGACCUCAGCCCCAUCUGGCAGAAAUGCCCGAAGGAGAGAGAGUGAGAAGACUCUAGAAAAUGAAACACUCAAUAAGGAGAAAGACCGUCACUCUCCAACUUCUAAGUCUCCCAAACCUGGUCAGCCUCUAAAGGUAAUGCCAGCCCCUCCACCAAAGGAGAAUGCACGGGUGAAGCGAAGUUCUAACCCUCCUGCUGGAACUCAGAGCUCAGACACAGAGCCGCAAUCCCCUACGAGCGGGGGAAAAGUAGCUCCAGCUCAGCCUUCUGAGGAAGGACCGGCAAGGAAAGAUGAAAACAAAAUACAUGGGAUAAAUGUCCAAAAAGGCCACACUGGGAGCUCCAGAUGUGGUCCAGGAGAUGGGGGGAGCAAAGACCACUGGAAGGAGACAGACAGGAAAGAUGGCAAAAAGGAUCAAGACUCUAGAUCUGCACCCGAGCCAGAGAAGCCUGAGGAAAAUCCAGCCUCCAAGUUCAGUUCUGCAAGCGAGUAUGCUGCUCUUUCCGUGGAUGGUGAAGAUGAAAAUGAAGGAGAAGACCACGCUGAGUAGACCUGGACAGCCUGUGCUUUCUCCUAGUCUUUCUCCACCCUGGAACAUUCAAGAGCAAAUCAAACCUCUAUCCAGACAAGGCAAAAUAAAACGCACCAUC